GCGGGCUUUUCGGACAACAAAAAACACAGGCUGUGAUCCAUGAGAUCCAGAGGAUUGCCAACACGGUUCCUCUCAGUGUCUUCCACUGCACCACGAAGGACUCAGAGCUCAUGGGAUACUCCAUUCCUCAGGGAACAAUGAUCAUCCAGAACCUGGACUCAAUGCUGAGAGAAGAAGGACAGUGGAAAUUCCCUCAUGAGUUCAACCCUGAAAACUUUCUGAAUGAACAGGGAGAGUUUGUCAAACCUGAGGCCUUCAUGCCUUUCUCUGCAGGUUCUCGGAUUUGUCUUGGAGAGAGUUUGGCUCGCAUGGAGCUCUUCCUCAUCAUUGUGACUCUGCUGAGGAGGUUUAAGUUCGUCUGGCCGGAGGAUGCAGGAAAACCUGACUUGACACCAGUCUUUGGAGCAACUUUGACUCCCAAACCUUAUUUCAUGAAGAUCCAGCUGAGAGGAAAUCAGUGAGGUUUUCAAAGGACUCAAUGACAAACCAAUACCAGUUUUAUUUGUGCUUUCAGACUAUUUAACUUCAGGUGCUACUUGACAGUUGUUCCAUAAUCAGCUGGUUUGAAAACUGAUCAUUGAGCAAAUCAAUAAACAGAUUUAAAUUCAA